AUGUCUAAAGUCUGGGACAAACGGCCUUUUGAAUACAAGGAAGUGGAUAUCAAAGCGAGAGACAUGGAGAAGUGGAAGGCGUUGUAUGAGUUUGAUGUGCCGGUCUUGCAUGUGGAGAGGAAUGUUGGUGAUGAGAAGGUUAAUGGGGAUGGGGAGGUUUUAGGGACGGGAGGGAGGAAGGUGAAGCAUCGGAGUACGGUGGAGGAGUUGGAGGGCGUUAUGGAUGUCGUGCAGAAAGGGACUUGA